AUGAGCUUUAUUUGGGACUGGCUUUCUGGUUCCGUUUCUUGGGUGUUGAGUUAUCUUGGCUUGCGACAGAAAAAUGGGAAGCUGGUUUUUCUUGGAUUAGAUAAUGCUGGAAAGACAACAUUACUGCAUCGGCUAAAAGAUGACCGUAUGGCUCAGCAUGUUCCUACACUACAUCCGACAUCUGAGGAGUUAUCAAUUGGUGGGAUGACAUUCACAACAUUUGAUCUCGGUGGCCAUGAGCAAGCAAGACGUGUCUGGAAAAACUAUAUCCCCGCAGUUGAUGGGCUUGUCUUCAUGGUGGAUGCGUAUGAUCGUAACAGAUUUUUAGAGUCCAAAAAGGAGUUAGACAAUCUUCUACAAGAUGAACAGAUCGCUCAUGCCCCUAUAUUAAUACUUGGGAACAAAAUAGACAAGCCAGGUGCUGCAAGUGAAGAAGAGCUGCGUUACUUUUUGGGACUACAGGGAAUCACAACAGGCAAAGGUGCUAUUAAUAAGGCUCAGAUUCCUACUGGGAGACCUAUAG